AUGAAUUCAAUGAUGGCCUCUUAUACUGCUGCUCCUCAUACCUUGAUGGCAAGUAAUGGCACCAGUAACAAAGGGAAUGAUCAGUUUGACGAUUGGGUGUUGAGCAAACAGGGGGUGAGACAGGGUUCGCGGUCGGAAUCUGUGACUACGAUGGAUUCUUCGUCGUGGUCGUGGUUUGAACCUUUGGAAAAUAUCAUAUCGUCUAGUUCCACCUCUUCAGUGGGGUCUCCAAUGGACGAUCAAAGGUUUGCACCCGAGAAGGUUACUGUUGCUGAUGAAAUUUUUGAUAAUUCAGGGCAGUUCUUCAACGAUCCAUCGUCCUACGCAAAUUCGCCGGAAUUACUACCGGUAGUCAAGAGAGAAGAAAGUGACGAGAGCAAUGAUACAACGGGUGCGGGUCUAUUGGAAGAUCUGGCGACUUUGAAAGAUCCAGCUGCAGCCAAUGGCAAGGAAAAGAGAGCCCCCAGGAAGAGAUUGACAUCGCACCAGAAACAGGCACAUAACAAGAUCGAGAAACGGUACAGGAUAAACAUAAACACAAAGAUUGCCAAGCUGCAACAGAUUAUUCCCUGGGUAGCCAGUGAGCAAACUGCAUUUGAAGUCGGUGAUUCGAUGAAAAAGGAAGAAGACGGAACACAACAGAAGGAUGGUACGAUCGCUGAGACACCAAUCUCUGCGGUUGCCGCAACAAAAUUGAAUAAGAGCAUGAUUUUAGAAAAAGCUGUGGAUUACAUUUUAUAUUUACAGAACAGUGAGAGACUGUAUGAGAUGGAAGUUCAAAGACUAAAGAACGAAGUUGAUACUUUGAAGAAGAAUAGGUGA